AUGUACAGGGCUUACGCGGACAAUGCCGGCUUUGAUGUUCGUAUACAUGAAAAAAAACCGAACAAGCACAGCGACAUUCAAGCUAGGUGGUUUGUGUGCAGCAGGGAGGGAAACCCAAAUAAAAAGAACUUUGAUUCGUUGGAGAUGCAUCCCGGUGAGAGGAGAUACCGCAAUACGAACCUCAAACGGUGUGGUUGUAAUGCAUGUAUAAAAAUCCAUUUGAUGAAAGAUAGGGCUUGUUACGAGAUAUAUGAGUUUGUGGAGACACAUAACCGUGCAUUGUUCAAUAUUAACGAUCAUCGUUUCUCUCGGAAGAAUAGACAGAUGAAGUAUACAGAUUUCAAAACUGUCCUAAAUAGCUCGAGUUACAAAGUUGGUGUUGGUGCGAGAAGGGCUCACCGUAUUCAAACGGCAUUGAACGGGGGAUUUAAGCAUACUCGAAUUUCUGAAAUUGACUUCAAGAAUUUUAAGAGGGAUGCUGUUGCUUGUGUUGGGAAUAAGGACGCGAAGAUGUUGAUCAAUAAACUAUCAAACAGACAAGAUAUUGUCCCCGUUUUUUUCGAAUACAAGUGCAAUGAACAGGAGCCGAGCACAACUUUCUGGGCAGAUGAAGUUGCUAGAAUUAACUACAAAGAAUUCGGUGAUGUCAUAUCGUUUGACGGGAUCUUUCGCACGAACAAGCAUGGAAUGAUUUUCGUUCCUUUCUUGGCUGUUGACAAUCAUAAGGCGUCCGUUGUUGUCGGAUCCGCUCUAAUAAGUGGCGAGACAAUUGAGAACUUUACAUGGGUUCUAAAGGCUUUUCUAAAAUGUCAUGAGAAGCAACCAGUUUUCGUGAUUAUAGACCAAUGUUCGACAAUGAAGCAGGCUAUUCCGAUGGUGUUUACGGAAGCCAAGCAUAGACUCUGUAUGUGGCACAUUAUGAAGAAGGUGCCUUCAAAGGUUAGUGUCGCCCUAAAUCAAGAUCCUAUGUUCAAUAAAGUUAUCAACAAGCUCGUAUGGAACAUACAUAUUGGCCCAACAGAGUUCGAGAGUCGUUGGCAUGAGAUGAUAGAUCAAUACAAUCUAGGUGACGAUACUUGGUUCACAGAGAUGUAUGAAAUCCGACACUCAUGGAUUCCUGCCUAUUAUAAGGACACGCAGAUGUCUGGACUAAUGAAAACAACCUUAAGAUCUGAGAGUUCAAAUUCGUAUAUUAAUAUAUACGAAUCGUUCUGGUUUGAUUUGGUUCAAUUCCUUAAUAAUUACGACGUAGAUAUAGAGAAACAAAGAUACAGACAAUCUGUUCAUGAAACAGUGACGAGAACCACUAAUCCGAAGUUUGUUACUCCAUUGCGUUUAGAAAGUAAUGCAUCAAGUAUAUACAGUCGAAACGUGUUUUUUUACAUCCAAAAGAAAAUAAAGAAGGCUGUAUGGUUUUGUGCUAUUGAGAUCGUCGAAUGCCGGGAUGAUUUCAAGUCAUUCAUGAUAAGCCACAAGACCAAGAAAUCAUUUGACAGCAUCACGUAUCUGGUGUGCCGUAAUUACUCAACAAACACAGUCGAAUGCGAUUGCAACCUAUUUACGCGUAACGGGUAUUUUUGUCGUCACGCGUUCAAGGUACUGAUAAACGACGAAGUUGAAUGCAUUCCGGAAAAAUACAUCUUACAUCGAUGGAAACGACAAUUAUUUCCAGUACAGAUACAAUCCGCAAGAGUUCGUUAUGGGGAGGUUGAUGCCGAGAAAGAUAAGUGUAUAAUUGAUGUAUAUUCCAACGUCGACGACAUAAUAAGCAUCGCCCGCAAUGAUAAAUCUAUAUUGGCUAGAUUGGGGCGUAAUCUUGAUAAAUUCAUGGUUGAUAUAGAGAAGGAAGUUCCAUACGAAGAUCCAUCCCAACAGAAGUUGGAUGCGAUUAGAGAUCAUCUAGGUGUUUCCAUACCUGAUGAGGUGGACAUUCUACCACCAUCUGGAUUAUGGAACAAGGGUUGUGGCACUGGUAAGAGGCUGGUUUUUGAUCUUUUUUUGGGCUCAGUCCUGCAGCAGUCCUACAGGACCAGGAGUGGCAAGGUCCUGUAG